GGUUUGUAGCAAACAUCAAAGCAAGUAGAGACAUAGACUUCUGUGAUAAAGUAGUAAGAUCCUUAAUUUCCUGAACCAAACAUCGACCAUGUCGGGUUUCUUGGGCAACCUCUUUGGCUUGGGUGGAAACAAUGGCACUGAGAAUGCCUUCAAAAACUCGGGAGCAGGUGGACAAGAUUUCGACAGAGGUGAGUUCAACACAGGUGUAGAAGUUGCAAGGGGUAGAUACGCACCUUGCAAUCGCAACAAUGGCACCAAAGAUGCUUUUAACAACUCUGGUCAAGGAAAGCAGAGUUUCGGAAGUGCCAAGUUCAACACUGGUGCUAGGUACUAUUAAGAACCUCUCACACUGAGGUGCUUCCCAAAGAUAUACUUAAUAUGGGAAUAAAAAAAAAUAAGUGCUCACUCUAUGGGCCUUUCUGUAAGAUGUGAUCAUAUGCUAAUAAUUGUGAUGCUGGAACUCUACCUCUUUGUCUGUAAUGCUGAACUCAUCCAGUUAUAUAAUAUGCUUUUAUUAUCUUCUUAA